CCCGUGCCUUCCCCUUCCCAGCGCGGCGGUUCCUGGCUGCCGGCGCCGCCUCCUCACAUCAUCCUGGGCUCGGGCUGGCCGCGGGUUCUCUGGCUGCCGUCUCGCCGCCUCCCAAAGCUGCUGCGGCUGCCCCUCCGGCUGGGAGGUUUUAAAAUGGAAAAUUUUGAUGCGUCACUUAGUACCUAUUUCAAGGCAUUGCUAGGCCCCCGAGAUACCAGAGUAAAAGGAUGGUUUCUUAUGGACAACUAUAUACCUACUUUUAUCUGCUCCAUCAUAUAUUUACUAAUUGUAUGGCUGGGACCAAAAUACAUGAAGAACAGGCAGCCAUUCUCUUGCCGGGGAAUUUUAGUGGUGUAUAACCUUGGACUCACAUUGCUGUCUCUUUAUAUGUUCUAUGAGUUAGUGACGGGAGUAUGGGAGGGCAGAUACAACUUCUUCUGUCAGGGCACGCGCAGCUCAGGAGAAGCAGAUGUGAAGGUUAUCCGUGUCCUCUGGUGGUACUACUUCUCCAAACUCAUAGAAUUCAUGGACACCUUCUUCUUCAUCUUGCGGAAGAACAACCACCAGAUCACGGUCCUGCACGUCUACCAUCAUGUCUCCAUGCUGAACAUCUGGUGGUUUGUGAUGAACUGGGUCCCCUGCGGCCACUCUUAUUUUGGUGCCACACUUAAUAGCUUCAUCCAUGUCCUCAUGUACUCAUAUUACGGUCUGUCGUCUGUCCCUUCCAUGCGGCCGUACCUCUGGUGGAAGAAGUACAUCACCCAGGGGCAGCUGCUUCAGUUCGUGCUGACAAUCAUCCAGACCAGCUGUGGGGUCGUCUGGCCGUGUGCAUUCCCUCUUGGUUGGUUAUAUUUCCAGAUUGGAUACAUGAUUUCUCUGAUUGUUCUCUUCACAAAUUUCUACGUUCAGACCUACAACAAGAAAGGGGCGUCCCGAAGGAGAGAGUACCUGAAGGACCACCAGAAUGGGUCCAUGGCUGCCGUGAACGGACACGCUGGCAGCUUUUCCUCCCUGGGAAACAGUGUGAAACCACGCAAGCUGCGGAAGGACUGAAGUCGAAGAGUAGAAGACCUCCAAGCCACGUCGCGUGAUUGUAAGCACAGUAUGAUUUGUGCCAGUGCUCACUAGCAGCUGCUGUAACUAGUCCGGCCUACAAUAGUGUGAUUUGUGCAGGACUUCUUUCAUCAGUUCAGAUCCCCUAGAAAACAUAUCCAGAUUAUACAAGUAGGCAUAAGAUUUUUAACAUUUCCAGGCUCUCACCAAGCCCUGCUGUGGAGGGAGUGUUAUUGUAGUAUACAACACUGCUGUUGCCUUAUUAGUUAUAACAUGAUAGGUGCUGAAUUGUGAGUCACAAUUUAAAAACACUGUAAUCCAAACUUUUUCUUUUACUGUAGAUCAUGCAUGUGAUUGUAAAUUUGUACAAUGUUGUUACAGUAGAGAAACACACAUGCCUUAAAAUUUAAAAAGCAGGGCCCAAAGCUUCUUAGUUUAAAUUAGGGUGUGUUUAAAGUUUUUAUUCAUUUUUAAUAGCUCUGUUUAGAGAAAUCAAAGACCAUAAUUUCUGAAACUAGCAUGCGACACAAUUUCAAGUGACUUGUACGUGUGAAAUCAGAAAUGGCACCUUCAGUUUUGUAAUAUUGGCUUUAAAUCAGACAGGCUCAAAUCUAGUAGAACAAACAGUCAGUUUAACUUUUUAACAGAUCUUAUUUUUUUAUUUUGAGUGCCACUAUUAAUAAUGUAAAAAAAAAAAGGGCGGGGGGAGCUCAAAGCAGUGUCGAUGAAACCUAAAUAUAUAUUCUUUGUCUAUAAGAUUUUAGGAAGUGGGUAGGAUAAGUAGGAAAUUUUUAAUUUCUGAAGUGCUAAGUGUUUUUAUACAGGAAGCAAAGCCCGUUUUGCUUUCUACUCGUGAGAGAGGAUAUAUAUACUUUUCAAGAGAGGUGUCUGCAUAUUUGCCAUUUGACUGAGUCCCAUAGAUGAGCAAUGGGGAAGUGGUAGCCAGGGUCCAAAUUUGGAUUGAUUUCUGUGCUGCUGUCUGUCUUGACACAAACUCCCUUUUAAAAUGUGCCUAGUUUACCAAAAUGAAUAGAGAUAAGGGAAAAAAGACAUUAAAAAUGUAGGGUAAAAUUAAAACCAAUAGCAACAGUGUAUGAGAACUAAGAAAUUGGAUAGAGAUAAUUUGUUUAAUGUAAAAUAAUAGCACCUGUAUUUUUUCUUUCUGCUUAGAAUCUAAAGAUUUGUUUAAAACUGCUUGUUGAAAAAUAAGACUGCUUAUCAUAAAAUCAUGUCUCACCCUGAGGCAGGGGUCAAACAGAUAAGACAUUGUGUGUGUCAUUUUAAAGUGUUGGAAUUCAGCCUCUGAAUACCUUCUCCAUUGGGAAAAACAAAAACAGAAACAUUCAUUUGAACCACUCAUGACAUAUCUUACAGAAGGUCAUUGACAAUGUAUAAACAAAUUGUUGGUUUGAUAUUUAUGUAAAUAUCAGUUUUAUCAUGCUUUAAUUUUGCACAUUCAUAUUAUAGGGAGCCUAUUGGUUCUCUUAUUAGUCUUGUGAGUUUCUGUUUAGAGGGAGUCACCACAUCUGUUUACAUUUACCCUGUCACAUCUAGAAUGUGUAUAUUUGUAAAUGCGUGUCUUCCUAGGUACUAGUUUAUACCGUAACUUUCAGUAGUAUGCUGUCAACAUGUGCUUUAGCUCAUCUGGAUAUACCCACACUGUUAAAUAAUGUCCAAACAUUAAUCAUUAAAAGGUUUUGAUUACCUGUG